GACUACAGAUUAUUAUUUUUAGGGGCACACAACUAUAUCUAUUGAUGACACGUUAAAAGUUAUAGCUUGUCGGUAAGUUGUCUACUUUCGGUUUUGAUGUUUGCUUUUUUUUUUUUUUGUUUCAUUAGUAUCCAUAUUCGGAUUUUUGGAAAGUCCAAUUUGAGGAUUUAUAAUUGUUUCCAGCGAACAGCAAAAGAAGUUGUGAGCCCUUGAGAUGGAGGUGGCUGCUGCUAGAAAAGAAGGAUUUGUUACAAAAUACUCUAUGAGGAAUGAUGUUACUGGUAAGAAGAAUCUUUUAGCUGUUAUGGGAAUUACUACACAGUUCGGGCGGAGGAGGAAUAGAGAUGCCAUUCAAAAGGCAUGGAUGCCAACUGGAGCUGCAUUAAAGAAGCUAGAGAAUGAGAAGGGCAUUGUUUCAAGAUUUGUAAUUGGAAGAAGUGCAAACCGUGGAGACAGUUUAGACAGAGAGAUUGAUGUUGAAAACCGGCAGACCAAUGACUUCAUGAUUCUUGAUGAUCAUAUAGAGGCACCACAGGAGAAUCCUAAAAAGACGUAAUUGUUUUUGGCUCACGCCGCUGAAACAUGGGAGGCUGAGUUUUAUGUCAAAAUCAAUGAUGAUGUUUAUGUUAAGAUAG